AUUGUGUAAUUAAAGAUUUCUAUUAUAAUUCUUGAUAUGCGAUAAAUUUUACUUUUUGUAAAAUAUUUUCUGCACGCAUAUUUUAAUGAUGUAUUUCAGAUACGUCCUUUGUUAUUAUGGUACCAAGGAAAGACUGGGAAGGACCCGGCAUGCAGAGUCCUUCCUACCUAUUUCACACAGCGAGACGUAAACAUCACCUACAGAUUUGUUUACAACAGAGACAAAAGUCGACCCUCGAAUCAUAUUGUAAUGUACACCCGUAACGGCAAGUGGGUUUAACACGCGACACUCUCAUAAUUCGACACGAAGAUUAAUUAAAUGACGAGCGUGUUUCGAAAAGGAGCUCAUGAGUGAAGGAAGCUAGAGUAAUAUUAGCCGACGUGUCUGGAAGUAAAUUGCUUCACGAUGCUGGUGAACGUCACUCUGAUCCCGUUCCUGUUGGCGGUCACUGGAAACGUCUCACUAAAAGAUGGGGAGGAAUUCGCUCCGGAAUACGUGUACAACAUGCAGAAAAUCGCUACAGUACACGGAGAUUCUCUCCAAAAUGUACAUUAUAACUCUACAGUAAGAUGCCAUCUCACGGACCCGAAAAGUCUCCGUUGUCUUUUGCAUGAUAUCAGUGUUGUCUCAUAUAAAAAUCUCAACAUUACAAAUCACGAGAUCGCGAACGAGAAACUAGAUUCUGUAGAUUGGUUUGAUCUUAAGUUUAAUCGUGGUAUGGACCGAGAUCUAUACCAAGGUCUAUAUCAAAUAGAAAUAUCAAUCGAUCGCAAAACUGAGAGAGAAGAUAUGAUUGAAGAGUUUGCCGACCAAUUAUCCAUUGGCAGUAGCUUGAAAUCUAGAAGAAAUUACAGCGCUUAUAGUUCGGAAUUUACUUUAUUCGACGAAAAAAUAACAAGAGGCACUUGCGUAACCAUGUAUAAAAUAUCUGCUACGUCUGAGGAAGACACCGAGGAAAGAAAUUUCCGAAUCAGCUUUAUAGAAUUGCCGGAAUUUAUUAAUAAAAAAACUGUAUUAAUUAAGAAGAGUAGACAUAAGUGCACAUUCAUACCGACAUUUAACGUUUUUUUGAACGAACUGGAACUGAAUUCCUAUACCCACAUAAUGGAAGUGACAGGUGAUAAAUUUAAAAUUUCUACCACAAUGGACGUGCGAAUACCGCCUGAUGAGUGGAAUAUACAAGGAAGAGAAGUGUUUACGAGCAAAAUUAUGGUAAAUUUAAUGAGCAUUGAAUCGACAAGAACUGAAAUAUCCAAGGGUCCUGGUUUUGCAUAAAAUCCGAACGAUUUUUACAAUAAAAUAAUAUAAACAUUAUAAAAUAAAUAGAAUUGCUCUAAUCAAAUAUAUUAAACU